UGAAGGUAGUGUUGUGUUUGUGUAUGGCAUUUGAAGUCUUUGCAUGAUCCAAAAAGCUUCAGUCUUUUUCUCUCUCUAUCUCCAUCUCUUUGCUGAUGCUUUUUUUUUAUCUGCUUCUUUGUCGGCCAUCAGUUUCUUGUUUCAUUUGAUUGAAUCUUUUUCCCUGUUAUUUUUCAACAUUCAUCACCACCAAUUCUCAGUCUUUUUCCUUUUCUUGGAUUCUCUUGUCUUCUAUUCUUGAACUUGAGUGAACUGUGUAAUUCUUGGUUUUAGUCUCCAAUUUUGUUCAAAAGAACAAGAAUUUGAUUAAGGGUGUUCAGUUUUCUGGUUUAUAAUUCUAAUUUGUUUGUAUCUUUUAAUGAAAAGAUACAAUUUAUCAGAAACGUGGCAAACAAAGAUUCCCCAAUUUCAGCAACCUCUGUUCUUGAUCAUCUUCAUCAAAUAAGGUACCAACACCACCUCUGCUUAAUUGAUCAUAUAAAUUGAUUGUAUUGUAUACCCACUACUUAAAUUGUUUUGAUCUAUCUGGGUUUUUAAACAUAAUAAAUUUUGAACUUCAAUUUGAGUGAAAUGAUUACAUUUAUGGAAGCAAAAGAGAGAGUGAAGGAUACUGAGAAGUGUUUAGAUUCUCAGUUAUGGCAUGCCUGUGCUGGUGGAAUGGUUCAAAUGCCGUCCGUUAGUUCAAAAGUUUUUUAUUUUCCUCAAGGCCAUGCUGAGCAUAGCUCUAGCUCAGUGGAUUUCAGAAAUUUCCCUCGGAUGCCUUCUUUUAUUCUGUGUAGAGUUUCAGCAAUCAAAUUCAUGGCUGAUCCUGAAACUGAUGAGGUUUAUGCUAAAAUUAAGUUGGUUCCAAUUAGUAAUAAGGACUCUAGUUUUGUUGAGGAUGAUGAAGAAGAAGGUGUGAUUAAUGGAGGUGAUGAGCGAGUUGAGAAUACUAAGCCGGCUUCUUUUGCUAAAACAUUGACUCAGUCUGAUGCGAACAACGGGGGAGGAUUCUCUGUUCCGAGGUACUGCGCGGAGACUAUAUUUCCGAAGCUGGAUUACUCGGCGGAUCCGCCUGUACAGACCAUUCUUGCUAAGGAUGUUCAUGGUGAGGUUUGGAAGUUUAGGCAUAUUUAUAGAGGGACGCCUAGGAGGCAUCUUUUAACUACUGGAUGGAGUACUUUUGUUAAUCAUAAGAAGCUAGUUGCAGGGGAUUCGAUUGUGUUUUUAAGAGCGGAUAAUGGAGAUCUUUGUGUUGGGAUUCGAAGAGCUAAGAGAGGGAUCGGUGGUAGUCCUGAGUCUUCGUGGAAUCCCGCCGGUGGGAAUUGUGUUGUGCCUUAUGGCGGAUUUAGUGCUUUUUUUAGCGGAGACGAGAAUAAGCUAUUGAGAAAUGGGAACGGAAAUGGAAAUGUGAAUGGGAAUGGAAAUGAGACUGUGAUAGGGAAAGCGAAAGUGAAGGCGGAAUCGGUUGUUGAAGCAGCUACUCUUGCUGCUAACGGACAGCCUUUCGAGGUGGUUUAUUAUCCUCGAGCUAGUACGCCCGAGUUCUGUGUUAAGGCUUCUAUGAUGAAAUCUGCAUUGCAGAUCCGAUGGUGUUCGGGUUUGAGGUUUAAAAUGGCCUUUGAAACUGAAGACUCGUCGCGGAUUAGUUGGUUUAUGGGAACUAUUUCUUCUGUUCAAGUUGCCGAUCCUGUUCGUUGGCCGGAUUCGCCAUGGAGGCUCCUUCAGGUUUCUUGGGAUGAGCCUGAUUUGCUUCAAAAUGUGAAGCGUGUUAGCCCAUGGCUAGUCGAAUUGGUAUCGAAUAUGCCCGCUAUACAUCUUUCCCCUUUUUCACCACCGCGGAAGAAGUUGAGACUACAACAACACCCCGAUUUUCCGCUUGACAGCCAAUUUCCGUUUCCAACGUUUUCCAGCAACCUCCUUGGGCCCAGCAGCCCUUAUGGUUGUCUAUCGGACAACAAUCCUGCUGGCAUGCAGGGAGCCAGGCACGCUCAUUAUGGUGUAUCUUUGUCAGAUCUCCACCUCAAUAAACUGCAGACAGGUCUAUUUUCGGCUGGUUUUCCGCCACUAUUUGAUAAUUCUGCUGCGCACGCUAGAUCCUCAUAUGGUGCUGUAAUUCAAAAGCCCAGCAUGAGCGAAAGCGUGUCUUGUGUGCUAUCAAUGUCACAUUCUACCCGGAGUCUAGAGAAACAUGAUAAUGUGAAGACACCACAGCUCGUUCUUUUCGGUCAACCAAUACUCACCGAGCAGCAAAUCUCCCUUAGCUGCUCUGGAGAUACAGUAUCGCCAGUUCGCACUGGAAAUAGUUCGUCUGAAGGGAAUUUGGAUAAGACGACAAAUAUUUCUGACGGUUCUGGGUCUGGUGGUCUUCGUCAACAAGGCCUGCCAGAGCGCUUAUCCUGCGAAAGUCUGCACCGAGAAAUGGAGCCCUCUUCAGAGACUGGUCAUUGCAAAGUCUUCAUGGAAUCAGAGGAUGUAGGUCGAACUCUAGACCUAUCAUUGCUCAAUUCUUAUGAUGAAUUGCACAGAAAACUCGCAGACAUGUUCGGGGUAGUAAAUUCCGAGACGUUUAACAAUGUGCUAUAUCGCGACAUCACUGGCAUUGUCAAACACAUCGGCGACGAACCAUUCAGUGAGUUUGUGAAAACGGCUAGGAGAUUGACAAUUAUAUCUGAUUCGAGCAGUGACAAUGAGGAGCUGCUUUAAACCAAUUUUUAAGGUUUUCUAAUUUAAAUUUUCGUCGAGGAUUCUUAUUUUUCAGUUUAUCAGAGACGGAAUAGUUUGAUCUGAAAAUUUUCCUUUCUAUAUCAUAACUCAUUCACAGCAUUUUGUUGGUUAAGUUCCUUUUGCAUAUUAUAAGUAGGCAAGUCCUACAAGUAUUUUUGCGAGACACUCUUUUGUAACAAAGUAUUUUCUUUUUAAUC